CGUACUGUCAAUCUCUGCUUGCCGUUCAAGAACACAGAAAACGCCAAAGUCAUUGUCGCUUUCUGGUUUUGUGGUCUUGGCUGAACUAGUUUUUGGAUUAUUCGUUGAGUCAAAGUUAAAAUUAAAGUUCAAAGCUGUGAAUAAUUUCGACUGAAUAGUGUUUUUGAAUAGUUUAGUUCCUAACAAUGGAUCGUCUGCUUCGACUUGGUGGUGCAAUGCCCGGAUUAACGCAGGCUCCUCCACCAACGGAUGCUCCUGUAGUAGAUACCGCUGAACAGGUUUAUAUUUCCUCAUUGGCUCUUCUUAAAAUGCUUAAACAUGGUCGAGCUGGUGUUCCUAUGGAGGUUAUGGGUUUGAUGUUGGGAGAAUUCGUUGACGAUUAUACUGUCCAAGUUAUUGACGUUUUCGCUAUGCCACAAACUGGCACGGGCGUUUCGGUCGAAGCUGUUGAUCCGGUAUUUCAAGCAAAAAUGUUAGAUAUGUUGAAGCAGACUGGAAGACCAGAAAUGGUAGUUGGAUGGUACCAUUCGCAUCCCGGUUUUGGUUGUUGGCUUUCUGGUGUCGAUAUCAACACGCAACAAUCAUUUGAAGCACUAUCAGAGCGUGCUGUAGCGGUUGUGGUAGAUCCUAUCCAAUCGGUCAAGGGAAAAGUAGUUAUCGAUGCCUUCCGAUUAAUAAACCCAAAUAUGCUGGUUUUGGGACAAGAGCCCCGGCAAACAACGUCAAAUUUGGGCCAUUUACAGAAGCCUUCCGUUCAAGCUCUGAUUCAUGGACUCAACCGUCAUUACUACUCGAUUAGUAUUAACUACAGAAAAAAUGAGCUGGAGCAAAAGAUGCUGCUAAAUCUGCACAAAAAAUCCUGGAUGGAUGGACUCACAUUAGCUAACUACCAGGAGCAUUGCAGCAUUAAUGAAAGCACUAUUAGCGAAAUGCUGGAAUUGGCUAAAAAUUAUAACAAGGCCUUGGAAGAUGAAGAGAAAAUGACUCCGGAGCAGCUAGCAAUUAAGAAUGUUGGCAAACAGGAUCCCAAACGGCAUCUGGAAGAGAAAGUGGAUACUUUGAUGUCAAAUAAUAUUGUCCAAUGCUUGGGUGCUAUGUUGGAUACGAAUGUGUUUAAGUAGAUAUCAAAAUCACGUCAAUCGAUAACUGAUUUUGAUGAUCAACUAUUAAAAAUGGAACGUUUUUCGUGAAAUUAUAAAUUUAAAAACCCAUUACUUUAUAGAA